AAAUAAAAAAAUUACGCAAAUAAAUGAUGUGAUGGUUUUGAAAUUCACGCAAAAAUCAUAUAUAUAUUUAAAGUAAAUUAUCUGACCUCAUCAGAGUACUCUAUUGUACCUAAACUAGUAAAGUAAACAUCAAUUCAGUAUUUACACACUUUCUAUUUGUGUCGAUUUCUUCUUCUUCUUCUUCUUCUUCUUCGCUUGGUUCUCAGCCUGCAGCGAAGCAUAUGCCAAGAUCAUAAUUGGUGUUGCUAAGCUGAGGGUUUCUUGAUGGGGGGUGUUUUGAGUUUAGCUAGUCCCAAAUGCAGAACAAGCGACUAUAAUGAGGUGUUAAAUAAUGGAAGCUGCAAGAGGCAAAAGACAUCCCCAAUUUUUUAUGAUGAGGAAGGCCCAAGAUUGAUUCCAUGUCUUCCUGAUGAGUUAUCAAUCCAGAUUCUUGCUAGAAUUCCCAGAUAUUGCUACUUUAAUCUGAGUUUGGUGUCACGCAAGUGGAAGGAAACGUUUGAGAGUGCUGAGCUGUUCAAAGUUAGAAAAGAUUUUGGGUUAACGGAAGAAUGGCUGUUUGUAUUGAUAAAGGAUAAAGCAGAUAAAUUAUCAUGGCAUGCUUUGGACCCGUUGUCAAGAAAUUGGCAGAGAUUGCCUCCAAUGCCAAAUGUUGUUUGCGCAGACAAAUCUAAAAGGGGACUUUCUGGGUUUUGGUUGUGGAAUGUAGUUGGGCCAGGCAUAAAAAUUGCUGAAGUCAUAAGGAGUUGGCUGGGGCAAAAGGAUACGCUGGAUCAAAUGCCAUUUGGUGGUUGUUCCGUUGGUGCUGUUGAUGGAUGCCUCUAUGUGCUUGGUGGGUUCUCUGGAGCUACCACCGUGAGAUGUGUCUGGCGGUUCGAUCCAAUCUCAAACAAAUGGAGCAAAAUGGCUUGCAUGUCUACGGGUAGAGCUUACUGUAAGACAAGCAUUUUAAAUAACAAGCUAUAUGUUGUUGGGGGGGUUAGUCAGGGCCAAGGGAGACUGGCUCCUCUUCAAUCCGCUGAAGUUUUUGACCCAUGCAAGGGUACAUGGUCUGAUGUCCCAAGCAUGCCAUUCUCAAGAGCUCAAUUAGUGCCCACUGCCUAUUUGUCUGACAUGCUAAAGCCUAUUGCCACCGGGAUGACUUCCUACAUGGGAAGAUUAUUCGUGCCUCAGAGUUUAUACUCAUGGCCCUUCAUUGUUGAUGUUGGUGGGGAAAUAUAUGAUCCUGAAACAAAUUCAUGGGCUGAAAUGCCAACUGGCAUGGGAGAAGGUUGGCCUGCACGGCAGGCAGGUACGAAAUUGAGCGUGGUGGUAGAUGGUGAAUUAUAUGCAUUUGAUCCGUCUACUUCUGCAGACAGUGGUAAGAUCAAGGUAUAUGAUCACAAAGAAGAUACAUGGAAAGUUGUCAUUGGGAAAGUCCCUGUUGCUGAUUUUACAGAAUCGGAAUCUCCAUAUCUGCUCACAGGUUUUCAUGGAAAGAUUCAUGUCCUCACAAAAGACGCCAAUCAGAACAUUGCAGUUAUGCAGGCUGACGUGCAAGAUGUUUUGGGUUCCCCAUUGAACUCAACUUCUGUUUCUUCUCAGUCCUUGCAUGAGCAUUCUGACUCAUCGGAAACAGUUGUUUGGAAGGUCAUAGCCAGUAAAGAUUUUGGGUCUGCUGAACUUGUAAGUUGUCAGGUUCUUGAUAUAUAGGGCUACUUUGAUUAGUGUUUUAUUUAAGAUACUGAUUUGUCUUAGAACCUGCACAAGUGACCAAGUACUAGAAAUUGGAAUUCGGUGUCUGCCCAUCAAGAUUGCUUCCAAUUGUAUUCGUGUUCUUAGAACUUGAAGUAAAUUUCAUGAUCUGUUUGAAUUGCCUGACAAGAAAGGUAUCCUGAUGUUUGCGAACUAAAGGUGUGGUAUAUAUGAAGAAGACGUCAACCAGCCUGUCGUGUGUCAUUUUCAAUUUUA